AUGUCACUUGUACAUUGGGACUUUGUACCCACAAUCGGUGACGCUAUUCUGCCUUGGUGCGCAAUUACACACACACACCCCUUUUUUUCCCAAGCCCCCGAGCCCUCCCCAGAACUCAACACGACUCUUGCAAAGCGGCGCCAACAAGUCAGUUCGGAGGGGGACCGGCUCCGCGGUCGCGUCAAACGGAGGCUUGUCAGCCCCGAACUGCCGUUGGCCCUUGCCCCCUCUCCCCUUGAGCGCCCGGGCAACCGUGCCUGGUCGUGACGAUAGAGUUUUUGUUUUGGUUUUUUUUUCUGGGAGUUUGCUUUGCUU